GGCAAUGAUUCUCACCGGAAUCGAAAAGGAGUUCGAGCGACUUUAAAGAAAUAAAUCUAUCGGAAUAGAGUGAAAAAGGACGAGAAGCUACAAUCAUGGGCUCCCUACCGAAUCUACACGAGUUGUCCAAGGACAAACUCGAGAGUCCUGCUUUCAGACCAGCUCCAAUAGGUGGUUUAGGGCCCAAACGACUGCCAGCUCAGCCUCCGCCGUUAGCACACACUCAUAGACGCGUUAGAAGCAGUGGCCAUCAUCAUACUACCUUGUGGGAUAAUGAUGCUAUGUUGGAGCACAUGGCAGCAUAUUCUCCCAUCUCCUGUCGCUCAACAAGAACGUCCGCACUAUCAUGGCGUCGACGAGACUCGAUGAACUCAUCGGCAGGAGCAUCGUCUGUACGUCGACUGAUCGCUGCCGUGAGAGCAGCUCCUUCUGGUCCUAGACCACCGAAGAAGGCGAUCCUGAGACACUGUGCCGCUCUUCUCUUCGGACACGCGAUCUGUUCAGCCGCCACGCUGCCGAUGUUCCCGUUACAGGCUGGCCUCGGUACCUUCAAUCCUCAGCUAGGACCGAAGUUGCUCGCUCUUCUCUACGGAAUCGCGACAAUUACUAGUUGUUUCGCCCCGAUUCUCGUACAGAGAUUUGGAACGAAUCUCGCGAUAAGUACUAGUCACAUGGCCACCACCGUCUUCGUCGGAUUACAUCUAUAUCCAAAGUGGUACAUACUGUUACCUAGUUACGCGAUGCUGGGUGCUUGUGUGAGUCCAAGUUUCAUAGCAAGAGUAUCACACGUGAAUACUUCAGCAACGAGUUUAGCUCUGGUGUGUGUCGAUCCUGAGGAUCCUGAUGAAACAAGACGCGAAUGCUAUCUGAGAAGACUUAAUCGAGGAAUCAAAUUAGCAGAAGACAUAGGUCUUGCAUUCGGUUGUUUAAUCGCUGCCAUACUCGUAAAAUUAACAGAUUCGAUAUCUCUUAAUACAAUAAGCAGUGAAGUAAAUGAUAUUUGUGGUGCACAGUAUUGUCCGAGGGAAAUUUAUCUUUACAAUGGAACAAUUAAUUUACCUGCGUUAUCAACCGGUACAUCAAAAAUGUUGGUUAGCAUAUGGCUACUUCUAGCUGUCCUAGGCUUAAGUAUAUCGUGCGCUUUUCUCGACUCCAGAAUGAAAGAACCGCAGAGUGUAAAUGAAAAACACAGCAUGCAAAAUAUCCUCGCAUCUGUGAAAGCUGCGUUUCUAGAUCCUAAAUUACUACUGGCAGCGCCAUUAACACUUUUUAUCGGACUUGAACAGGGUUUCAUUUAUGCCGAUUUUAUAGAAGCAUAUGUAGUCUGUGCCCUGGGAGGAGCUAGCACAGUAACCAUCAGUUUUUUAGCUUUAGCCUCUUUGCAAGCCAUUGCAAGUGUUACUCUAUCAAUGUUGCUAAGGCACAUUAAAAGAUAUUUCGUCGUAGUUGUAGGAUUUGUAUUUCAUGCAUGUUUACUGUUGGUCUUAAUCACUUGGAGACCAUCCGGUGAUGAUCCAGCACUUUUUCAUGUUAUCUCUGCUGCCUGGGGAGUUUGUAAUUCCAUUUGGGAAACUCUAAUAUAUACAUUAGUACUAGGUUUCUAUCCAAAUUCUUGGUACGGACCUUUAUCAACAUCUCUCUUCUGGAGAUAUCUUGGUCUCUCUCUUACUCUUGGUUUACACGGACUGGUCUGCACACGAUUUCGCAUACAUGGCCUUGCCUGUGUGCUAUUUCUUUCAAUGAUUUCGUACAUAUUGUUAGAAGUUAGACUGACCAAAAGGGGAAAAAGCUUGGCACCGUUGUGACUGGGAGAUGGGUCUACGAAUGACCAUGGAUCAAGUAUCAAGACAGAAGCUCGUUAUAAAGAUUGAGAUAAGUUCGUUCCAUUCGGCUUAAGAAGGACAAGAAGACAUAACAGAGGUAGACACACUUUUAUUCAACACGCUGCAACUGUGGCAAAAUUACGCACACGACGAAGAGCAAACAGUGUUGCUUUUACCCGUAAUAUCGAGAAAAAUGCAGUUGCAAAAACUAUCGAACCCCAACCUUCUUCGUCAACUGCAGAUGAUCAUCGUGCAAGUAUUAGUAACAAGGAAAGUGGUGUUCUUCCUGUAUCGUAAUGCUGAACUUUUAUUAAGUUUUCAAUGGUUUUCAUAUCUAUCUUAGUC